UUCCUAAUCUCCAUCACAGAGCAGAGAAACUAGCUCCAGUUGGCAUUCAAGCUCUCUCUCCCUCUCCUUGCUAGCUGCUCAUCAACAAUUUGCUAUACUUCCCAUGGCUACUUACAGUAGCUCUGCACUUUUCAUCCUCUUCUUGCUUCCAACAUUCCUGAGCAUGGCUGCCAGCACCUACUAUGAUAUAUGUCCUGUGGAGUGUGGUUGCCCUGACCAAAAUGAGGUUACCAUGCACUUGUACCUGCACCAGUUUGUUGCUGGAGCAAAUCACCCAAACCGCAAUGAAGAAUUUGUGAUAGCCUCGAGCUAUCCUAAUGGAUUCGGUACAACACUCGUUGAUGACUGGUAUUUAACAGCUACAACCAAUCCCAAUGAUAAUAUCGUUGCACGUGUACAAGGCAUGCAUGUCCAGGCUGGCCAAAGCAAUGCUAACAUGUGGUACACUUCCCACAACAUUGUGUUCCAGGAUGACAGGUUUAAGGGAUCCACACUUCAGGUGAUGGGGAUUAUUGCUGCAAGCAGUGGUGAGUGGUCUGUUAUUGGUGGAACUGGAGAAUUUUCAAUGGCCCAUGGCAGUAUAAAGUUCACAACGGACCCAAGCUCUACCAGCGAGGAUGCUGUUCGAGAACUUAAUAUUCGUGCAAUCUAUACUGCAGAUAAUCCACAAGCUGCUCGUGGUACAGCAUCGGUCGCAAAUGCUACUCGUCUGCCAUGAAAAGAAUUGAUGGAAAUAAUAUUGUGGCGUCUCACCACUACUGCAGCGUCAAGAUAUGGUGUUAUCAAUGUUCUUUCCUACCGCCUUUCUCUGUCUGAUCAGUUCAAGGAUAAUGUGUGGCCUUCUCUGGUGGUAUUAUAUAUCAUCAGUCCUGAAUAGAUGAUCAAUUAUUUUCCAGUUUGCUGUUGUGUGUAUGUGGUUUUUUAUUCCUUCCAUAUGUUAUGUGAAGUGUUUGUCCGCGGAAUAAUGAAUGAACCAACGAAUUUUAUCUUGUAGAGAA